AUGGAGCCCGUGCGCAAGAAGGAGCUAGAAAAGACCCAGACCUUGGAACUGGAGCAGAAGCUGUUGAAUAUAAUUGACGAGUCCAAAGGCAAGCCGAAGACAGAGAAGCUUGAGGACUUCAUGAAGCAGAGGGAGGCCCGAGCGUGGGACCAGAGCGCUGAGCUGGAUCAGAAGAAGAAGGUCCUUGAGAAGGUAAAGAAGGAAGAGCAGUGGUCAGAGGACGAUGCCUGGAGGGACCAGCGGCUGGAACACAGAAAGCAGAUCCAGGCACGAGGGCCGGUGCAGACACCGCAAAUGUGGGAGGCAAAGCAGGUGGAUCGCUGGUGCCAACAGCGUUUGCGGGAUUUGCUGGUGCCGCUGACGGUUCAGGCCGAGUCGCCUCUUCCCUCCGAGCUGUCGGCCGUGCUGGAGGACACGAAGGGCCUCGGCCAGCGCUCUGUCCUUUGCGAUUAUCUGCAAUUCGUUUGCCUUUUUGGGUGCGAGGCUGUAUUUGGAAAAUAUUUUUCACAGCUUUGUUGUUUCAGUGAAGCAAUACCUCGUUUGAUUUUCUGUCUGCCAUUGAAAGUCUCGAGCCAUCUGGCGCCCCGCAUCAGUUUCAUCCAAGCAGGUUCGUCACAGCAAUAUCGCCCGAUAGCAGCCAGACAUGCCCAUGUCAGCACAAGAGUGAAGGAGAGCUAG